UCUCAUAAUAGUGCAUCUGAGUCAAUUAAUGUAAAGUUGAGCGUCUUUGCAAAGGAUAAUUUAAACAACAAUAAGGAACAAAAAUUGCUUACUCAAUCACAGUAUAUUUAAGAAUACGAGAAAAGUUUCAGGAUUAAUUUCUGCCGGACUAUUUAAAAUGAGUGACAUAGAUUCAAGUGGUUCUGGCUCAUUUGAGUUAAGUGAGAUGGAUGUUAUAGAUCUUGGCGAAUUUUCCUGGAACCAGCGACUACGUCCAAAGCCUAAACUACAUGGUAAAUAUUUACUUGGUGACAUUUUGGGUCAAGGAACAUUUGCCAAAGUCUAUGAAGUGUUAGAUUUAGUCACAUUGGAGCGACAAGCAGUUAAAAUAUAUGAUUUACAAAAGAUUGAUCGUAAAUUCAACCGUGAUGAAAUGAUCGCAAUGGUUAAUCAAGAGAUUAAUUUAUUAACGGGUUGUAACCAUCCAAAUGUGAUCAAAUUGAUAGAUGUACAUCGCCGUAGAAAAAAUCAUGAGGAAUUGGCAAAAAAGGAAAAAGAAGCAGUUAAUCAAAAAUCAGCAAAGGAAAAUGAAUCAAGCAAUCAACAACAAAGUGAAACUAGAAGAAGAUUAAAAAAGAGUAAAAUUUGGGUCUAUAUGGAGUAUUGUAUGGCCUCAGUGGCCGAAUUAAUGCAACUUGCUAAUCCAAGUCAAGUUAAAAAGUUGCCUCGGAAACAAGCUCGUCGUUAUUUUACUGGUUUGUUGAGCGGUUUAGAUUAUCUCCAUUCCAAGGGAAUCUUUCAUAAAGACAUAAAACCAGACAAUAUGUUGAUUAAUGUUUUCGAUACAAUUAAGUUGACGGAUCUAAGUGUUAGCUAUGUUGUUGAUAUAUUUACUCAAUCGGAUAUCUGCUUCAAUACAUAUGGAACUAUUGCCUAUCAAUCUCCAGAAGUGAUCAAUUCAACUGAUGCUGGUUUCUCUGCCUCUGCUUUAGAUAUCUGGUCAGCCGGAGUUACUCUCUAUGUCAUGGUAACUGGAAAAUUGCCUUUCUCAUCAAAAUCAGGUUUCAUCGCUAUGACUGAAUCCAUUUUAGCAGAUAACCCACAAGCUGAUGAUAUACUAAAAAUCGAUCCAUGCUUAUCUAAUUUGAUUCAUUCUAUGUUGGAUAAAGAUCCAGUUCGGCGAAUUAAAUUGUAUCAAGUACUAAAUCAUCCUUGGUUUCUUAUUAAUUUAAUGGGAGAUAGUCCUAAGAUUAAUAUUCCUCCCAGAUAUGCUAAUGGAGACCAAUAUCGAAGCUUAACAAUCACAUCUCAUCUUCAUGAACUACAUUACCCUCUGCCAAAUGAUCAAAACAUUGUGCGAGUGUCAGAAUCUUCAGCUGAAGAAUUCAAUGCUAAAAGAAAAAUACCAAUUGUCAGAUCUAAUCGUUCACCAACACGCCAUCGUAAAAAUAAAAGACGCCCGAGCUUUAUUGAGAAAGUAACCUCUGGUCAAAUCGGGCGCCUUCUUGGAGCAAUAGGAUUAAAAGCUGAUUCUUUUAAUGUUUGUGAUUUAGCUACUAGAAUCAAGUCGAAGGUUGAUUCAAGCACAAAUGACUCUGAUUUAUCAACCAAUCAAUCAGAAAGUGAAGAGCGAUAGAACGCUAAUCAUUAAACUGUAAAACUGAUCGCAAAUACAUCGUUCUAAUUGACAAACAAACAUGUUACAGAUGAGAAAAUUUCCUGAAGUGUUGAAUGUUAGAUUAAGAUUAGAAAGUGUCAAGUUUUUGAUCUAUUUUCAACUGGAAUGGCCCUUCAAUUGAAAUUUAUCCAAGCUUUUAUCCUAAAAUUCUUAAAUUAAAUUUCAAUCCGCUUCUACAACUUUAAGCUAGCCUUAAAUGUAAAUCAUGGCUUCAAAAAAUGUACAUUUGUAAUUUAACUUUGCAACAAUUGUUUUUUAUUAAUAUUUUUGUGAUAAAGCAACAUAAUAAAAUUUCGUGAUAAUCAUUUGUAACAAAAAUAAUGAAAUUCACUUUUUGACCUUA